AUGGCGGACGCUGCGCCUGCCCCAGUCGCCGCUGCGCCCGAGGCGCCCAAGAAGAAGCGCUCCCCGAACCGGCUCGUCGUGGAGGAGGCUCUGAACGACGACAAUUCGGUGAUCUCGCUCUCGCAGGCGAAGAUGGAGGAGCUGAACAUGUUCCGCGGAGACAACGUGCUCAUCAAGGGCAAGAAGCGCAAGGACACGGUGUGCAUUGUGCUGGCCGAUGAGAAUUUGGACGACAACAAGAUUCGUCUCAACAAGGUCGUGCGCAAGAACCUGCGAGUGCGGCUUGGCGACGUCGUCUCCGUCCACGCGUGCGGCGACGUGCCCUACGGCAAGCGCGUCCACGUGCUCCCGCUGGACGACACGAUCGAGGGCAUCACGGGCAACCUGUUCGACACCUACCUGAAGCCCUACUACCUGGAGGCGUACCGCCCGGCCCGCCAGGGCGACCUGUUCCUCGUCCGCGGUGGUUUCCGCCCCGUGGAGUUUAAGGUCGUCGGGGUGGAGCCUGGCGAGUUCUGCAUCGUGGCGCCGGACACUGUGAUCCACUGCGAGGGCGAGCCAGUGAAGCGGGACGACGAGGAGAAGUUGGACGACGUGGGCUACGACGACAUCGGCGGCUGCAAGAAGGCCAUGGCGCAGAUCCGCGAGAUGAUCGAGCUGCCGCUGCGGCAUCCGACGCUCUUCAAGACCCUCGGCGUGAAGCCCCCGCGCGGCGUGCUGCUCUACGGCCCGCCGGGCAGCGGGAAGACGCUGAUUGCGCGCGCCGUGGCAAACGAGACUGGCGCUUUCUUCUUCCUCAUCAAUGGUCCUGAGAUCAUGUCCAAGAUGGCCGGAGAGGCGGAGGGCAACCUCCGCCGCGCGUUCGAGGAGGCCGAGAAGAACGCGCCCGCCAUCAUCUUCAUCGACGAGAUCGACUCCAUCGCCCCGAAGCGCGACAAGACCAGCGGAGAGGUCGAGAAGCGCGUGGUGUCGCAGAUGCUGACGCUGAUGGACGGCAUGAAGGGCCGCAGCCAGACGGUUGUCAUCGCCGCCACCAACAGGCCCAACACCAUCGACCAGGCCCUGCGCCGCUUCGGCCGCUUCGACCGCGAGCUGGACAUCGGGGUGCCGGACGACAACGGCCGCCUCGAGAGCCAGGUGGCCCCGCAGGGGGGGCGGCGGAUCCUGCGCAUCCACUGCAAGAACAUGAAGCUGGCCCCCGACGUGAAGCUCGAGGACGUCGCCUCCAACACACACGGCUUCGUCGGCGCGGACCUCGCGCAGCUGUGCACGGAGUCGGCCCUGCAGUGCAUCCGCGAGAAGAUGGACCUCAUCGACCUCGACGAGGAGACGAUCGACGCGGAGAUCCUGGAGCACUUCAAGAUUGCGAUGGGGGCGUGCAACCCGUCCUCCCUGCGCGAGACCGUGGUGGAGGUGCCCAACAUCAAGUGGGACGACAUCGGCGGCCUCGAGGACACCAAGCGGGCGCUGCAGGAGACGAUCCUGUACCCGAUCGACCACCCCGAGAAGUUCGAGAAGUUCGGCAUGACGCCCUCCCGCGGCGUGCUGUUCUACGGCCCGCCAGGGUGCGGCAAGACGCUCCUCGCGAAGGCGGUGGCGAGCGAGUGCUCCGCCAACUUCGUGAGCAUCAAGGGCCCAGAGCUGCUCACCAUGUGGUUCGGCGAGUCCGAGGCCAACGUCCGCGAGGUCUUCGACAAGGCCCGCGCGGCGGCGCCCUGCGUGCUCUUCUUCGACGAGCUGGACUCCAUCGGCACGGCGCGCGGCAGCGGCGGCGGCGACGCUGGGGGCGCCGGGGACCGCGUGAUGAACCAGCUGCUGACCGAGAUCGACGGUGUCGGCGUGAAGAAGAACGUCUUCUUCAUCGGCGCCACGAACAGGCCCGAGCUGUUGGACGAGGCGCUGCUCCGCCCCGGGCGCUUGGACCAGCUGAUCUACAUCCCGCUGCCAGAUCUGCCCGCGCGCCAGAACAUCCUCGAGGCCACCCUCAAGAAGUCGCCGAUCGCGCCCAACGUGCCGCUGCCGUUCGUGGCGCAGAAGACCGAGGGCUUCUCCGGGGCGGACCUCGCCGAGCUGUGCCAGCGCGCGGCCAAGGCCGCCAUCCGCGACGCCAUCGCCGCGGAGGAGCUCAAGGCGGGCGACGACGCGAUGGACGACGGCGGAGCGAGCGAGAUCGGCAGGAAGCAUUUCGAGGAGGCCUUCAACGGCGCACGCCGCUCCGUGGCUGCCACGGACCUGGCGAAGUUCGACCAGUUUCGCAAGAAGUUCGACCCCGUCUACAUGACCCAGUCUGGUGGCGGCAGCGGAAUGGUGAUCAACUGGCCCGAUGCUCCCGGCAUCGGCGGAGGGAACGCCACAGCGGCUGCGGACGACGAUGACGACCUCUACGGCUAGGCGCGGCACGUGCUCGUUAUAUUCCAUUGCUCGAUGGCCAAUCUCUCAAACGCAGGAUUGGUCUUGGCAUGAGGGCUGCAGCCCUCGACCUCUUUGCUCCCCUCCCUCCCCCCUGCAUC